AUGAAGAAAUUGGGUGUGGUCGUCGGCGUUACUCGGAGGGACAUCAUGCCACUUCUCAAGGGAAUGCGCAGGCCUGAUCCCUCGGACACCACCUUCGCCGCAUACGAGAGAGCAAACGAAGACCUCUACGCAAUCCUAUUCUGCCUGGUCGAACUGCCGGCUGUACUAGCCGAACACCAGCACGAAGACGACACCGGCCUUAGCAGCGACGGACAGGCAGCAUUCGCGGAACUGAAGGCCAACUACAAUCGAGUGACAGAUGAAGUGAUCAGGGCUAAACUGGACGACCUGGAAAGGACGGUCAUGGAGCCAGGAGAGAACCCGGACGAUUUUUUCAACACGAAACACCGCCCCCGCUCUCAACUAGAGACAAUGGGGGAAAACAUCUCCGAUCGCCGCUUCAAGGACAUCUGUUUGCAAGCCACCAUGCGCAACAUCUUCCUUGACGAGCAAAUGCGCAAGAGAACCAAGGGCCAAAUCGCUGGCCGCGGAUUCGCCAUGGCUACCAAGACAUCUGGCCCCAUCUGCUUCGAGUGCAACGAACCGGGACAUAUCAGGAGGAACUGUCCCAAUCGCCAGCGGACGGGCCAUAUGGCAAAGAAGACGAAGCCUGCGGGAGCAACCAAGUGGUGCUCCGUCGAUAACACCACUACACACUCCGACGAAGAGUGUUACCGCCAAGGAGCCAAGCGACCAGAACGCACGGGCAAGACCUUCUCCGUAUGCACACACUGCGUGCACUGCUCAACCCAGUCAGGAGACACACACGCCAAGCCUACCACAACGGAAACUCCCAAAGAAACAGAACAGACCGAGAAGGGAAGCGGACACACUUUCACGACAACGGCCACUGGGACUUCAGCACUGGUGGAUUCUGGAGCUUCUGAGACCAUGUUCGACAACCGCCUCAUCCCGAAUGGACGUCUCGAAGAAGAACGCCCGACGCCAAAGAUCAUCGAUGUUGCAGGAGAAAGCCAACUACACGGCACUACCACUGGGAUCCUACACUGCACCAUCAAAGACGACAAAGAACAGCAACUACCCGUCCAGCUACAAGGUCUCAUCGUGCCAGGACUAGGCCGGAACAUCUUCGCACCAACGGCCCUUCUCAAGAAGGGCCUCCGACGUGUCCUGGAAGACAAGACCCCGCACCUCACCAUCGGCGGAGAAGUCGUCGUUCCUCUGAAACAAGAGACUCAAGACCAAGGCAUGUGCACCCUCGCCAUCACAUUCAAGGGCGAUCCAGCGUCGACAAGCAAGACACCCCCGAACAACCAAGAACCAGGGCGGAAGCCGAAGUUCGGAAAACCAGAAGCGGUACAGAUCGAUCACACUCCGCACGCGACAUGCUCAGUGGCGAUGAGCGUGAGCGCCGACCUCUGGCACCGGCGCCUCGGCCACAUCAAUCCACGUGCUAUGGAGAUUUUGCGGCGCAACCCCGCCACAGGUGUGAAAUAUGACGGACCUGUAUCCCCGUGCGACAACUGCCAAAUCACGAAGCACAAGAAGGCUCCCGUCCCGAAGAAGACCAGCCGUGUCCUGGCCAAACCAGGCCAACUGGUCCAGUUCGACAACAUGGGACCAAUCGACCCGCCUNACACAUCAAUCCAAGUGCUAUGGAGAUUUUGCGGCGCAGCCCCACCACCGGUGUGA